GGGGAGAAAGUUGGUUGACUUGCGGAGAGGUGAAGCCUUCCGGUGGCUCCCACUCCACUUUGCACUGGAGACCUUCAGUCUGCCCGAAGCUGGAGGAUGGAGACAGAGCUGCUGCCCGAGCUCCCAGCAAUGCCCCUCGGGGGGAAUGGGAGCGCCCAGCUGGUGCCAGACACAGCCCCGCUGCCCCCGGGGAGGGGCACGGCCAUGUUCACCAUCCGCUGCGUGAUCCCCUCGCUUUACCUGCUCAUCAUCACGGUGGGCUUGCUGGGCAACAUCACCCUCAUGAAGAUCUUCAUCUCCAACAGCGCCAUGAGGAGCGUGCCCAACAUUUUCAUCUCCAGCCUUGCUGCCGGUGAUUUGCUGCUGCUAGUGACCUGCGUGCCUGUGGAUGCCUCCCGGUAUUUCUCCGAGGAGUGGCUCUUUGGGGAGGUGGGCUGCAAGCUCAUCCCUGCCAUCCAGCUCACCUCCGUUGGUGUCUCUGUCUUCACCCUCACUGCCCUCAGUGCCGACAGAUACAAAGCAAUUGUAAAUCCCAUGGACAUCCAGACCUCCAGUGCAGUGCUAUGGACCUGUCUUAAAGCCGUUGCCAUUUGGGUAGUCUCCAUGCUCCUAGCAGUUCCUGAAGCAGUGUUCUCCGAACUGGCCCACAUCAAUGACACGGAUAAUGCCACAUUCACAGCAUGCAUACCAUACCCCAUGACAGACGACAUGCACCCGAAGAUCCAUUCUGUGCUGAUUUUUCUUGUGUAUUUCCUUAUCCCUCUUGCCGUUAUUAGUAUUUACUACUAUCAUAUUGCAAAGAGUUUAAUAAAAAGUGCUCACAACAUCCCUGGAGAAUACAGUGAGCACUGCAAAAGACAGAUGGAAACUCGGAAACGUCUGGCAAAAAUUGUUUUAGUUUUUGUUGGCUUCUUUGCUCUCUGCUGGUUCCCUAACCACGUGCUAUACAUGUACCGAUCUUUUAAGCACAAUGAGAUUGAUCCGUCGACAGGACAUAUGGUUCUUACCUUAGUGGCCCGAGUGUUAAGCUUCUGCAACUCUUGUGUCAACCCAUUUGCACUGUAUUUUCUCAGUGAGAGUUUUAGAAGACAUUUCAACAACCAGCUUCGCUGCAGGAGGAAAGUUCGGCAAGAGAGAUCUGCCAGCUACUUGCGCAACUCUUCUGCCAUUCAGAUGGCUUCCCUGAAAAGCAAUACCAGGAACACAGUGACUAGCAUGACACAACUGAAUGGGCACAACUUGAAACAAGAAAUGUCGUUAUGAUUUAAUAGGUG